AUUGGAAUGAAUCCGAAUGAAUAUCCAAAUGUUGGUCGUGUUGUCGCUAAUUAAAAUCUCAUAAACAAAAAGCAAAACAAAAAUUUGUUAGGCGGGACCUCGUUUUCAGCUAGCUCAUGAACUUAAAGCAAGCUUAAAAAAGGUGUAAAUGUCAAAAGAAGAAAGACGGGGCGAAGAAGCUUAUAAUCGAAUCUAGAGCAAUUUCGGAAACUCUUAUCUAUAGGUGUCGAUCAUUCGUUGCACACACACACGCACACAAAGGUGCCGAUCAUCUUCUUGCGUUCGUAAAAGCUAGGGUAUCUUGCUGGCUCCUUAAUUUCCUCUCUGAUUCAUCGGAUUUUCUGGGUUGGGAAGACAAAAAUCAACUGAGAUGAAGAAGGUUAUCGGAAGUCCAGGAACUGUGUGUGGUCUGUUACUUAGAAUCGGACAAUGUACUUCUGCCGCCGCAUCAAUGUCCGUUAUGCUCUCUACGAAGAAUGUCUAUAAUUGCACAGCUUUCUCCUACUUGAUUGCUUCAAUGUGUUUUCAAAUGCUGUGGAGCUUUUGGCUCGCAUGUGUUAAUGUUUAUGCUCUGAAGUACAAGAAAGACCUCCAACACCUAACCGCAGUUAGCUUAUUCGUCGGUGGAGAUUUGGUGACUGCAAUUUUAUCUCUUGCAGCUGCAUGUUCGUCAGCAGGAGUUGUAGUCUUAUACGCUAGAGAUAUCAAGUAUUGCGAUGUCCAUGACUGUCUUAGGUUAGCUUCAACCAGGUCCAAAAGUACUUCGGGUAUCAACAAACCGAAUCUGACCCGUUAAUCAUAGGCCUAAGCAUUUGUAACAGAACCCGAGAACGAGAACCUCAUGUGAACCAAAAAACCGAAUCUGUACCUAAUCCUAUCUUAAAAAGUUUCAGAAAGAAUAUUUUAGGACGAUAUUUCGACACAUGUGUAUUAUUGAAGUCUGGUUCAAACCUGAACGAAUAUCCAAAAAAUUGAACUCUUAAAUUCAAAAACUCUAAAACGCUAAGCUUGAAUAUUUGAAACUAGGUGUUUUGCCUGCGAUGUG